CCCGCAGCUUCGUGUUCAGCCACCACGUGGCCCCGGGCUGUGCGGUGGCUGCGCGAGCCCCGCACGUGUGGGCCGAGACGCUGUGACGUGCCCUGCACCGGGCUGACACCUGUCCACCCCCGCAGCCAGUGUCCGUCUGUCCUGCUGCCCCUCCUGGCUUCGCACCUUCUCUCCACAAUACUCCCGCACACAGGCAGGGCAGGAGCCCACACGGGGGGUGGCUGGGCCUGGAGCCGGUGCCCUCUGCUGCCCUGAGCUUCAGUGACUGAUGUGCAGGGACGUGUCAGUUGAUAAAAAACCCGACAGAGAAAGGAUAUGCCCUUACUGUUUCCAGUUUCUGGUUCCUGAUAACCACAGAGUACGUCUCAAACCCAAGAUGAAACUGACUCCACGGAUACAGAAACUUCUUAAUCGGGAGGCAAAGAACCAUAAACUCAAUUUGAAACAGACAAAGCUUUUGAAAAAGUACAAGGAUUCAAGCAGCGUUCUGUUGGUUACUUGCAACACAUGCAACAAAACAACAAGACAUCAUGGUAAAAGCAGAGAUUUUCUGGCAACAGCAACAAGCCGUUCUGGUGCUCUGAAGAGUAAACCAGACCCAAAGAUUCCGAUAUCUGCAAACAAAAUGACACCCUUAAACCACAGUAAAUCUGGAUCUACAAGCAAGAGUCCAGCAUCAACUUCCAGAACAUGCAUGUCUGGACAUUCACCAUCCAGUUCUUUCCCCAAGAGUCGCAAAAACACUAAAUUUCAUUUUGCUCAGCUAAAAUGGUUGCUUAAUCUUGAAGAAGAACAAAAGAGCCAGAAGAAGAUGGACCUGAAAAAUUUCUUGUCUUCACUCUGAAAUACUGAAUAAUUAUAAUAGUCAUGAUAAUGGCUACAGUAGUAGUGGCUAAAAUUGGGCCAGUAAAUGAACUAAAUUAGUGGCUGCUUUAUUGUUUUUUAUAAAUUUAGAAACAAUUUUUGUUAAUACUGGUUUAAUUUCUGGCUGUGCUAAGGCCUUCAGCAUGUAGGGGAGAUUUAAAUACAUUGUUUGGAAACAGUCUCUGUACUUUUAUAUGGAUAUCCAGAGGAUAUUGCUGGAAUAAUAAGGUAAUAAGACAAGCCUUGGAAGUCUGAACUUGUUUCACAAUCUUUAAUGGCUCAGGAAUUAAAAGCCAAAAUCUGUUCUUGGACCAGAUGGGCUUGCGCUCUAGCAAUCAGUGUAAUGAUUUUUAAAAUAGGAUCCUGUACCACAGUAGAACUUGCAGAGGAUCUGCUUCUCUCUAAUUCUUUCCAGAUCUGUGCUGUGAAUUCUUUC